GGUUGUGCUUUUUUAGUCUAAAAACCCAAAUUCGAUACCAAAAACAGAUUCGUGAUUUUUUAUAUAGAAAUUGGAAUAUAAAAUGAUCCCCCACAGAGAGUUUGAGAAAGGCGGAAGGAAAGCUUAGGGUAUCAAUAAUCUCAUCUCAGCAUGGAACACCAAGAGAUUGACAAUUUUCAAGCAGUGGAUACAAACAAAAGUGAGGAGACCAAGAAAAAGAAAAAGGAGCUAAGUAUGAAGGCCAGAAUUCAGAGAAAUAAACAUGCAAGACAGAAUUGGAAGAUCAAAUUGAAGAGAAGAAAGUUGGAACAAAAGGGUCAGAUGGGAGCAAAUGUUGAAGAAAAGGAUCAGAUGGCGGUACCAAAUGUUAGUCAAGUUGCUCAAGAAUCUCAACAAGGCCCUGAUUAUAGAGACUUCUCAACUGUAGAAAUUCGUCAAGAGAAAAUCGCUUUACAGUAGGGAAGAAGAAAAGAAACUAAAGGUUAUUGUGAAAGAAAACCAGCGGACAGUUGUGGAAUUCUGCAAGAACGAAAAUUCUAAUUUGGUUCUACCCGCAGAUGAGGUUGGGGAGGGAUUCUAUGAAUCAAGAAUAACUACAUCCAUUUCCCAAGAAGAUCUCGAAGAACUAAUGACAUUCAUAAAGAAAGAUCCAUAUUUGAGACCUAUUAUAGAAGAUAUCGCGACUGGUGGUCCAACUAUAAUGAUGAGUCGUUCGCGCAGUAUGAGGCUAAGUACGAAUGCAAAAAUACGAAGAAACAAAAUUGGAAGAACAAAGUGAAGAGGAGAAAGUUGGAAGCAAAAGGUCAGACGGAAGCAAAUGUUGAAGAAAUGGGUCAGAUGGUGCCAAAUGUUGAUGAAGGUGCUCCAGAAUUUGAACAAGGCCCUGAUGAUGUAGACUUCUCAACUGUAAAAAUUCGUAGAGAGAAAGUCGAAUACAGCAGGGAAGAGGAAGAGAAACUCAAGCGCUUGCAAGAGCAAUCAAAAGAAAACCCAGGAUCUCAUCCUUUUGACGAGGUUAUUGUGGAGGAAAACCAGCAGAUAAUUGCGGAAUUCUGCAAGAAGGAAAUUUGGUUCUUCCCGCAGAUGAGGUUGGGGAUGAAUCUUAUGAAUCAAGAACAUCUACAUCUAUCUCCCAAGAAGAUCUGGAAGAACUAAUGACUUCCGUCAAGAAAGAUCCAUAUCUGAAAACUAUUCUAGAAGAUAUUAACCUACCUUUUUGUGUUUUUGAUAACUUUAUCAUUUUCGUGCAUCAGUUCUAUUUGAUGUUCUUUUUUAACUUAGCUUGAAAAUUCAAAUGUUUUUAGGUACUUGAAUGAUUCAGAGAUUACGCAGAAGUUGGCGCUAGCUAUGGGUUUUGGAGUUUUAGGAGGGCACAACGUUAAUUCAGUUGAACAUACUGCACCAAACACUGAUGCUGAAGAUCAAACUGCCAAACAGGCUUGAAGCAAUUGUUCGCAAAUGAAGCUAAUUUAUGUUCAUUUCCAAAUCACAAUGUUCUUUUGAGCUCAUGGGAUAAUUUGUUUUUCAUCAUGGUGAAUUAGGAUGAUAACUUCUAGAAAAUAUGUUUCUAAUUGGAUCUUCAUCUUCAUCAGUUUUUAUGAAUGAUUUCUGUCAUUUUGGUUA